CCGCUCCGCCGCCACUCGCAAGCAUCACCCUUCUGUGGCAAGAGGCACCUGAAAGGAAAACUUCCGCAUAUCAAUGCACUGCCAAUGGGUUGUGUCCUUUGUUGUGACCUCAUGGUUUAACUGGGAAUAAAGAUGAGUAUAAGCAGUGAUGAGGUUAACUUCCUGGUAUAUAGAUACUUGCAAGAGUCAGGGUUUUCCCAUUCAGCAUUUACCUUUGGUAUAGAGAGCCAUAUCAGCCAGUCUAAUAUAAACGGUGCUCUGGUGCCACCAGCUGCUUUGAUUUCCAUCAUCCAGAAAGGUCUGCAGUAUGUAGAGGCAGAAGUCAGUAUUAAUGAGGAUGGUACCUUGUUUGAUGGUAGGCCGAUAGAGUCUCUCUCACUGAUAGAUGCAGUAAUGCCUGAUGUGGUACAGACAAGACAACAGGCCUACAGAGACAAACUUGCACAACAGCAGGCAGCAGCUGCUGCAGCUGCAGCCGCAACUAACCAACAGGGAUCAGCGAAAAAUGGAGAAAAUACUGCAAAUGGAGAAGAGAAUGGAGCACAUACCAUAGCAAAUAAUCACACAGAUAUGAUGGAAGUGGAUGGAGACGUUGAAAUCCCUCCCAACAAGGCAGUGGUGCUGCGUGGCCAUGAAUCUGAAGUAUUCAUCUGUGCCUGGAAUCCCGUUAGUGACCUUUUGGCCUCAGGAUCUGGAGAUUCGACAGCACGGAUAUGGAACCUCAGUGAAAACAGCACGAGCGGCUCUACGCAGCUGGUACUUCGACACUGUAUUCGAGAAGGAGGGCAGGAUGUACCCAGCAACAAAGACGUGACAUCGCUGGAUUGGAACAGUGAAGGUACACUUCUAGCAACUGGGUCUUACGAUGGCUUUGCAAGGAUAUGGACUAAAGAUGGUAAUCUUGCCAGCACCUUAGGGCAACAUAAAGGUCCUAUAUUUGCGUUAAAAUGGAACAAGAAAGGAAACUUCAUUUUAAGUGCAGGAGUGGACAAGACCACAAUUAUUUGGGAUGCCCACACUGGUGAAGCCAAGCAGCAGUUUCCUUUUCAUUCUGCACCAGCAUUAGAUGUUGAUUGGCAGAGUAACAACACAUUUGCCUCUUGCAGUACAGACAUGUGUAUUCAUGUCUGUAAACUGGGACAAGAUAGGCCCGUCAAAACCUUCCAGGGUCACACAAAUGAAGUAAACGCAAUCAAAUGGGAUCCAACUGGUAAUCUUCUGGCAUCCUGCUCUGAUGAUAUGACUCUGAAGAUCUGGAGUAUGAAACAAGACAGUUGUGUCCAUGAUUUACAAGCACACAACAAAGAAAUUUAUACUAUCAAAUGGAGUCCUACAGGACCAGGAACAAAUAAUCCAAAUGCCAAUCUUAUGUUAGCAAGUGCAUCCUUUGAUUCUACUGUUAGGUUAUGGGAUGUAGACAGAGGAAUUUGUAUUCAUACUCUGACAAAACAUCAAGAACCUGUGUACAGUGUAGCUUUCAGUCCUGAUGGCAGGUACCUGGCCAGCGGCUCCUUUGAUAAAUGUGUACACAUCUGGAAUACACAGACAGGUGCCCUAGUUCACAGUUAUCGGGGAACAGGAGGGAUUUUUGAGGUUUGCUGGAAUGCAGCAGGAGACAAAGUUGGAGCAAGUGCUUCAGACGGUUCAGUUUGUGUAUUAGACCUACGGAAAUAGCGCUACUAGUUGGAAGCCAUGGACCGACUAUGAAUGUGUACAUAGCCAAAAUGACUGUCCCUGACCCAUGUACUGCUAUAGUCCCAA